AUGGUCCAAGCUGCUGUUGUGGUUAUCAAGGCUGCUGUUGUGGUUAUCAAGGCUAUUGUUGUGGUUAUCAAGGCUAUUGUUGUAGUUAUCGAGGCUAUUGUUGUGGUUAUCAAGGCUGCUGUUGUGGUUAUCAAGGCUAUUGUUGUGGUUAUCAAGGCUAUUGUUGUGGUUAUCAAGGCUAUUGUUGUGAUUAUCAAGGCUGCUGUUGUGGUUAUCAAGGCUUUUGUUGUGGUUAUCAAGGUUAUUGUAGUGGUUAUCAAGGCUAUUGUUGUGGUUAUCAAGGCUAUUGUUGUGGUUAUCAAGGCUAUUGUUGUGGUUAUCAAGGCUAUUGUUGUGGUUAUCAAGGCUGCUGUUGUGGUUAUCAAGGCUAUUGUUUCAUAUCCUUUGAUUCAAGCAGCAUCCAGGGGUCAUGAAGAUACCGUUCGACUUCUUUUGAGAAAUGGAGCUGAUUGGAAUCAGCUGCAGGAUUUGAAGGCGACAGUAGCAAGUGGCCAAGCAAAUAUAAUGGAUAACUAUGUCUACCGGAAUCUAAAUGAGAAUCGGAUUGCCAAAAUCAAGGAGAAAUUAUCGUUAUCAUCGAAGUCAGAAGUCCAAGAACAUUUGUCUGAACAGACACGGCAAGAAAGAGAAGAUCAAUUAGAGCAGCAGCACCACCACCAGCAGCAGCAACAACAACAACAACAUCAUCAUCAACAACAACAACAACAACAACAACAACAACAACAACAGCAGCAGCAGCAGCAACAACAACAACAACAGUUCAGGGCGGGACUAGCUGAUAAGGUUGAAACCCCUUGUAAUAUUACCAUCACGGUAGUUGGACACAAAGGAGUUGGGAAAUCCUGUUUUGUGAAACAGAUCCAGAAAGAAUACAUUCCGGAAGGUGGGCCUACUUCAACCAACACCGCUGACUUUUAUGUUAAUUACUUAGCUUACGAUCUGAACAGCGGUUUCCGAAAGAAACUUGAUGAAAAUGGGGAAGAGGAGACUGGUCGGAUAAGAAUUAAAAGGAUCAUAGAUCGAUACCGAAAACAAGCGAAGUAUGAUAAAGAAUCUCCUGUAAGUGUGACCAAUCUUCAGGACCAGGGUGUUAAAGAUCAACCAGCAUCUCUCACCAAAGCAAAAGUGAGAAAUGAAGUCGCAUCAACGUCAUCAUCUGCCGCAAAAUCUGCACACAAACCAUCCAUCUCCAUCUUCAUCGACAAAAUCAGAAGAUCGCCGGAAAAGGCAAUCGCGUUCGCAUCUUUCCCGUUCAAAUGA